UCCUAUACCCCGCGGAAGUUCGUCUGUUGUGUGUAGACGGGAUGUUUUUAAUUUGUGUUUAGUAGCGAUACUUAGGAAGACAUUUUGCUCAUUCUUUUACGACGUGUUGAUAGUCCGUUGCAAGAACAGAAGGAGGUUUAUUUGUGCAAAAUGCUGGAGUGUGGCAUGCUGGAGCGGGACAGACAGACUCUCCGGAGACAGUCUGCUGUCCUGUGCAAACAACUGGUGGUGGAUGAGCUGCUCAUUCAGUCACUGCUGGCAGACGACAUACUCACGGAGAGCAUGGCAGAAAGCAUCAUGGCAGAGCAAACAUCCCAGAAACGCAGCUGGCGUUUGCUGCUGCUCUUACCCAAGCGGGGACCCAGAGCCUUUGGCAGCUUCUGCUCAGCUCUCCGAGAAACGGAACAGCAGCACCUGUAUGACCUGCUCAUGCAGUCAACAGCGAGAGAUGGCAGGGAGACACAUAUAGAUAGUUUUCAGCCUGAGGAGGAGCCACAGGAAAAGGCAGGGCAGCUGGUUACAGAGAGAACAGAAAAGAAGAGAGAGGCAUCUUCAGAAGACAGACAGGAAAUGUAUGAGGUGAGCAGCACCUCAUCAUUCCCAGUCCAAGCAUCAGAUAGCCGGCCUGGCUCAGAGUCAUCAGUCAGAGAGUUACCCCCAGUCAGGGCAGAGGACAGGAGCAAACAGAGACAGAGGACAAAGAAACAAGGAGCAGAUAUGCACACAGAUAGGUCUGUGGACUCUUCUGUUCCGCUUCCAACUCAGGAGGAAACUGCAGCCAAGAGAGCAAGGACACACGACUCCAUGGAGUUCAGCCUGGAUGCUGACAGUCCCAUCAACACUCCUGUCCUACCUUGCACUCCUGACUUUUACCUCUCCCGCUGUCAGCAGUCUUACAGCAUGAGUUCAUCCCCUCGUGGUUUGGCCUUGGUGAUCAGUAAUGUGACCUUUGACCCUUGUGCUGCCCCUGACCUUGACCCUAGAAAAGGUGGUGAGGUGGAUGAUGAGGUCCUCAGGAAGGUCUUUACAGAGCUGGACUACAUUGUCACUGUGCACAGAGACCUCACUGCUCAGGGCAUGAGGACAUGCAUUGAGAAUUUUUGCAGAAGGCCUGAGCAUCGGACAGCGGACAGCUGUGUGAUGUGUCUGCUCUCCCACGGAGUGGAAGGAGCAGUGUACGGUACAGAUGGCAAACUCCUGCAGCUGGACUGGGUGUUUGAGACCUUUGACAAUGCACACUGUCCAUUCCUACAAAACAAGCCAAAAAUAUUUUUCAUCCAGGCCUGCAGAGGAGAGGAGAUGGACUGUGGCGUGGAGCAGAUAGACGGGCCAACGAGGAUGUGCUCACCAAGCUGUGAACAGCGGGAUGCUGGGAGGGAGGGACAGGGGGAUGCAGACUCCAGACAGAGAGGGGACACAGGGAGACCCAGGAUUAAACUGCCCCAGCGGUCAGACAUGAUCUGUGGCUUUGCGUCUCUCAAAGGUCAGAGAAUUUGCACAGCAGCCAUGCGAAACACUAAGAGAGGAUCCUGGUUUAUCCAGGAGCUCAACACAGCACUCCGCCUCCACGCCAGAGACACCCACCUUGCAGACAUACUGGUGCAGGUAAACAGUCGUAUUAAGGAGAGGGAGGGCUAUGCCCCGGGUACCGCCCACCACCGCUGCAAAGAGAUGUCAGAGUUCACCAGCUCAUUGUGCAAAGACCUCUACUUUUUCCCCAAGUACCAGCCCCAGUAUUGAUAUGCACAUGUGCACAUUAACACACACAGAUCAUUCCUUGCAUCGAAGCCUUGCAGUAAGGGCAUCACAGCUGUUCAUUGCACACCACACACUCACACAUUCCCCCGUUACAACUUGACAUCCGAAGAGGAUUUAUCCAUUCAAACCACAAGAGACACACACACACACACACACACACACACACACACAAAUCCUGGAAAGAAAAAAGGAGCAAGCUUCUGUUAAUCUACAUGUACUCUGAAAUGGGCAACCUAUUGGCAUACAGUGUAUUCAAGUAUGCAUCUGUGUGUCUGUGUCUAUGCCAGUUAGAGGGUUUAGAUGUUAAUCCUUUGCAGUCAAACUGCACAGCUACUUUGAGCUUUCACAAGCUUCUCUUUUUAAAAUGUAUUUUAUACACAGAUCUAUUUUUGUGGCUUUAUUUUGUAUGGAAUUCUUUUUAUAAGGAUUUUGGACCCAUUCUUAUAUUUGUACAUAAUGUGUGUUAAAUGUUAAACAUUUCUUGUUAUUAAUAUAGUGACAGGCAGGGGGCAGCACAGCAAAAUGCAUUUCAUCAUCUCUAUUUUAUCAGCGUUACAUCUUCCACAGUUGAAGAUGAUCUUUAUUGUCAUGGUAGCAAUGACAUGGGUUACAAACAGCUGUAUUUAAAAUGAAACAAUAGAGGUUUUGAACUACUUAAAUUAGAAUGUAUGAUUAUUUUUCUUCACAUAGUAUGCCUUAUGAAAUGGAAGAACACCUGCAGGGCAGCUUCAUUAUGAAGUUUAUUUUCUCGCAUGUGCUUCUCGAUGUUCAGUCAGGUAAUUCAUAUGACACUUACUGAUAUUUGGUAAAUUUCUCCUGUCAGGGUGGUGGAGUGCAAUGUGGUGCUACUUGUGGGGUCACUUACAGACAGUAUGAACUCUGACCUUUACACUUACUCUUAUUUCAAGUGUUUGCUCCUGCAUAGGAGCUGCAUAUUUAGUUAGUCUCUGUAUUGUAUUUUGCAGUACCUAAUGCAGGAAGGAUAAAAGGCAUCUUCCAUUAAAAACAAAAGAUGCCUGUUCCAUGUGAGGUUGAUUUGUUGGAUAAAUUUAUGACCAUGGUGCUGCUUUCACAGUAUAUUAUAAGGCUUUGGCACACCUCCACACAAAUAAAUUUAUUUCUCAAGGCUGCAAGAGCAUUGAUGUUUCCCAGAAAAAAAAAAAAAGCCUCACCAGGCAAAGUGUGUUUAGUUACAACAGUGUUGCAGUGAGAGAUACAGAAGACAUGGUUGAAAAAGUAUUGGUUAACUAUCAGUAAAUGGAUUAUUUUAAAGAUCCUGUAUCUGAGGUGAUCUUAGCAGAGUUCACCUUGGUCUGAAGCAUGCUCACUCCACCUAUGUUUUAGUUUUAAUAAUUAAGAAACAUAACUUGAGAGAGGGAAAACAUAAGAGUGUUAUAAGAGUGUCAUCUUCCUGCAGAAAGAAGUUUUAAAGGUUAUUUGCUGCCAAGCUCUGUUGAGGUGCUGGGGGGGGGCUUUAUUUCUGUCAGUAGUAAUGACUGCCAAAUGUUGUACACAAUA